CACAAAACUCGAAAUCUCUUAGAAACCAAGUUUCCCAAUCUCUGCAAUCAUCACCAUCGUCUCUAUCUCUCUAGUUUUUUUUUUCUCAGAUCGUGAAGAGAGGUGAAUCAAAUAAAAUGGCAGAUUAUCAAAUGAAACCAGUUCUUCAAAAACCACCAGGCUACAGAGAUCCAAACACGCCCUCUCCUCAACCUCCUCCUCCUCCACCUCCCGUGGCAGCCAGACCCCAACCACCACCCAUGAGAAAACCCGCCGCCGGGAUGCCUUCCUCCUUCCGACCAAAGCGCAAACGCGGAAACUGCUUCAAAUCCUGCUGCUGCUGCGUCUGCAUCACCAUCGUCCUCCUCGUCUUCCUCUUCCUAAUCGCCACCGCCAUCUUCUACCUCUGGUUCGACCCCAAGCUCCCCACCUUCAGCCUCUCCUCCUUCCGCCUCGACGGCUUCAAACUCUCCGACGACCCCGACGGCUCCUCCCUCUCCGCCGCCGCCGUGGCCCGCGUCGAGAUGAGGAACCCCAACGCCAAGCUCGUUUUCUACUACGGCGACACCGCCGUGGACAUGAGCAUCGGUAAUGGAAACGACGAGACUCAAAUGGGUGACACGACGAUUAAUGGAUUCAGACAAGGCCCCAAGAACUCGACUAGCGUGAAGGUGGAGACGGCGGUGAAGAACAUGCUCGUGGACAGAGGGCUGGCUAAGAGACUAGCGUCCAAGUUUCAGAGUAAAGAUUUGGUGAUUAAUGUUGUUGCGAAGACGAAAGUUGGAUUAGGUGUCGGAGGGAUUAAGAUCGGGAUGCUCGCUGUUCAUUUAAGAUGCGGUGGUGUUAGUUUGAACAAGCUUGAUACUGAUUCUCCUAAAUGCAUCCUUAAUACACUCAAAUGGGUGAAUCUAAAGUAAGGAGGAAAGGAAGACUUCAGGGGUGAUUUGAAAACGGCGGCAACAUUCGUAUGAAUAUAUGUUGUGACUAUAACACUGUAGAUACGU